AUGGCAAUAACUAACAAAUCAAUAACUCUCUCUAUAAUCAUCACUCAACUAUGCCUCGUUUCUUGUGUGUCAAGUCAACAACAAGAAACAGAGUUUCGUCACCAUGGCUUUUUUCGAAGCCAAUAUACUCAAGUACGGAUCCUCCCAAGCGGCUUCUUGGAGCUAACAAACAGCUCAAGGAGACAACUGGGUCAAGCCUUCCAUGGCUUCCCCAUACCUUUCAACAACCCUAAUAACUCAUCAAACUCGCUUUCUUUCUCCACAAGUUUCGUUUUCUCAAUCAACGCGCCAGGUCAUGGCCUAACCUUUAUGAUCUCUCCCUCCAUGGAUUUCACCAGAGCCAUGCCGAGUCAGUUCCUCGGCCUCUUCAACACUUCAAACAACGGAAACUCAACAAACCGAAUCCUCGCGGUGGAGUUCGACACUGUGAAGUCAAACGAGUUUCUUGACCUGGACGGUAACCACGUGGGGAUCGACGUCAACGGUUUGGUCUCAGUUGAAUCUGCACCGGCUGCGUUUUUAUCUAACCGUCAGAACAAGAACAUAAGCUUGAAGCUUUCGAGCGAAGAUCCUAUUCGGGAUUGGAUCGAGUACAGUGGAGAGGAUAUGCUUCUCAACGUCACACUGGCCCCUCUUGACAUUGCUAACCCUAAGUUUCCUCUUUUGUCAAGAAAGAUGAAUCUGUCUAAUAUUUGA